UAUCCUUGGAAAAAAAAAAUUUAUUAAAUAUAAUAACAACUUCAAUAUUUGUUAAAAUAAUUAUUCAUUUAAUUUUAUUAGUUAUUCAAUUUAAAACAAUUAAUAAUAAUUCAGAAAUAAGAAUGUUUACAUCAUCGCCAGUUCAUUCGUCAGACUCUGACUAUUGGAAAAAGUUAGUUGUCUUUGAUUCAGAUGAAGAUCAGUGCAGUAAUGAGAGUGAAGUUUUUCUUCCAUUAUCCCUUGGUCCAUUAAACCAGAAAUCUAUUAUUAACGAUUCUGGUUUAAUGUGCGAUGAAGACCUUGAAAUUUUUGAAAGUGGAGAAGAGACAGAUGACUGUAGCAAAAAUCAUGAAAUUGAUUUUGUUUCUCAUGCUUUGGUAAAAGAUACAAAUAAAGUAUUAUAUGAAGAUUUGUUAACUACAGAACCUUCUAAGUCAAACAACAGCUCAUCUGAUGAAAAGGUUAGACAACUAAACAAUUCACAUGUGAGAACAAAAAACGAAAUCAAUAAACUAUCUAAAAAAAGUAAUCCAAAACCAAAGCGACCUUGUUUUAUAUGUGGUGUGCAUCAAUCAGCACUUUCAAGACAUUUUCUAACACAUAAAAGUGAUCCUAGAAUAUGUGAGGCUUUUAAAUUGUCUAAAAUAGAGCGUCGUAAAGCAUUUGAUUCUUUUAAAAAACAAGGGAUUCAUCAGUUUAACCUAAAUGAAGUCCAAAACAGUAAUCCAAAGUUUCUAAGAGAAAGAGCACAACGUUCCAAAAAAAAUAUGCAAUCUGAAAAAUUCUUAAAUUCAAACAACUUGCUAAUGUGCUUAAAAUGCAAAGGUUUCUUUGCAAAGAGUUAUAAAACCAGACAUCAGAUAAAAUGCGGUGAAGAUUCUUGUCAAGCCUUAAUACCAUCUAUUGCAAUUGGGGAAAUAGAUAAAUAUAAUAUUUAGACAAUGAUUUCAAGUUAAAUAUUUUAAAUGUCAUAAACAACGAUGAAAUUGGCACGCUAGCUAAAAGUGAUAGCAUUAUUUUGCUGAUAGGAUCUCGCUUGUAUGGUAAAAUUAAAAGAAGGUUUGAUAAAAAGUUGGAGGUUGAGAAAUCGGUUAGGUGCUCAAUGCGCCGGCUUGCCAACAUUUAUAAUAGAUUUACAAUU